AAUCGUGAAUCGGCAACUUUAGAACUCGACUUGAGUCACAUUAAGGCACAGAAUCCCACCAACAAUUGAAUUCAACUUGACCCCUCAAUUCCCGGAAAUCUCCGCCCAUCCCACUCAUCAUGGCCAAAGACUACUUGGGUAAGGACAUGCGCAAGUCCGGCAAGGGCGAUCCCGACGGGGCUGACGACGAGAAAGAGAUCAAGGCCCUGGAUGAGGGCGACAUCCAAUUGCUCAAGACCUACGGCCAAGGACCCUACACCAAGGCCCUGAAGGCCGUGGAGAAGGAUAUUGGCGAAAUCACGAAACGCGUGAACGAGCUGGCCGGGAUCAAGGAGUCGGAUACGGGCUUGGGCCCGCCCGCUUUGUGGGAUUUGGCCGCUGAUAAACAGACUUUGCAAUCCGAGCAACCGCUUCAGGUGGCCCGCUGCACCAAGAUCAUCAAUGCGGAUUCGGACGAUCCCAAGUACAUCAUCAAUGUAAAGCAAUUCGCCAAAUUCGUGGUGGACUUGGCCGAUCAAGUGGCCUCCACCGAUAUCGAAGAAGGCAUGCGCGUUGGUGUGGACCGCAACAAGUACCAGAUCCACAUCCCAUUGCCACCUAAAAUCGAUCCCACCGUCACCAUGAUGCAGGUGGAAGAGAAGCCCGAUGUCACUUACUCCGAUGUUGGAGGCUGCAAAGAGCAAAUCGAAAAGCUGCGCGAGGUCGUGGAAACGCCUCUGCUGCACCCCGAGCGAUUCGUCAAUCUCGGUAUUGAACCGCCCAAGGGCGUGUUGCUCUAUGGCCCACCCGGCACCGGCAAGACUCUCUGCGCCCGAGCCGUGGCUAAUCGAACGGAUGCCUGCUUCAUUCGGGUCAUUGGCUCGGAACUCGUGCAGAAAUACGUGGGCGAGGGUGCCCGAAUGGUUCGGGAGCUCUUCGAAAUGGCCCGGACCAAGAAGGCGUGCCUGAUCUUCUUCGACGAGAUCGACGCCGUGGGUGGAGCUCGCUUCGACGACGGAGCUGGGGGUGAUAACGAGGUCCAGCGGACCAUGUUGGAGCUUAUCAACCAACUGGACGGGUUCGAUCCCCGAGGCAACAUCAAAGUCCUGAUGGCCACCAAUCGGCCUGACACUUUAGAUCCGGCUCUCUUGCGACCCGGUCGACUGGACCGAAAGGUCGAGUUUGGAUUGCCCGAUCUCGAGGGUCGAGCCAACAUCUUCAAGAUCCACGCCAGAUCCAUGUCCGUGGAACGGGAUAUUCGUUACGAGCUUCUAGCUCGAUUGUGCCCCAACUCCACUGGAGCCGAAAUCCGAUCAGUUUGUACGGAGGCGGGUAUGUUUGCGAUCCGGUCACGCCGUAAGGUGGCUACGGAGAAAGAUUUCCUCGACGCUGUGAACAAGGUCAUCAAGGCAUACGCCAAGUUCUCGGCUACGCCCAAGUACAUGACCUAUAACUGAAACCAUAAGUCGCUCCCACCCAGUUUUUGUAUCACGUUUAGCCUCAAAAUAAAGUUUCUUUGUGCCCCUCAA